AUGAAGAAGAGUAAGAACCGCAGCCACAAGGAGGACCACAAGAGAGAUGAGCCUGCUAUUCUGGAGACGGAGGAUCUGGACGGACAGGACAUGUUUCUGGGUGGUGGCCCUGACCCCGACACCAUCUCAUUGGCCUCCGUCACAGCUGUCACCACAAAUGUGUCCAAUAAGAGGUCUAAGCCAGACAUAAAGAUGGAGCCAAGUGCAGGGAGACCAAUGGACUACCAAGUCAGUGUGACAGUAAUAGAAGCCAGACAGCUAGUUGGCCUCAACAUGGAUCCUGUGGUGUGUGUGGAGAUUGGAGAGGAUAAGAAGUACACGUCCAUGAAGGAGUCAACAAACUGUCCAUACUAUAAUGAGUAUUUUGUUUUUGACUUCCACGUCCCGGCAGACGUAAUGUUUGACAAGAUCCUGAAGUUGUCUGUAAUUCACUCCAAAAACCUGCUACGCAGUGGCACUUUGGUGGGGACAUUCAAAAUUGACGUGGGAACAAUCUAUUGCCAGCCAGAACAUCAGUUUUUCCACAAAUGGGCAUUUUUGUCGGACCCUGAUGACAUCACGGCGGGAGGUAAAGGAUACAUCAAAUGUGACAUUGCAGUGGUGGGGAAAGGAGACAACAUCAAAACUCCACACAAGGCAAACGAGAGCGACGAGGACGACAUUGAGGGGAACCUGCUCCUACCUGAGGGGGUUCCCCUGGAGCGUCAGUGGGCUCGCUACUACUUGAAGAUCUACCGAGCCGAGGGGCUCCCCAAGAUGAACACCAGCAUCAUGGCCAACGUGAAGAAGGCCUUCAUCGGAGAGAACAAGGACCUCGUCGAUCCCUACGUCCAGGUGUCUUUUGCCGGGCAGAAGGGGAAAACGUCCAUACAGAAGAGCAGCUAUGAGCCUAUCUGGAAUGAGCAGAUUGUUUUCACGGAGAUGUUUCCACCCCUGUGCAAACGUAUGAAGGUCCAGAUCCGAGACUCGGACAAAGUGAACGAUGUGGCCUUAGGAACGCACUUCAUCGACCUGCGCAAGAUUGCUAAUGAUGGAGACAAAGGCUUCCUGCCUACACUGGGGCCCGCCUGGGUGAACAUGUAUGGCUCCACGCGUAGCUACACCCUGAUGGACGAGCACCAGGACCUGAACGAGGGGCUGGGGGAGGGGGUGUCCUUCCGGGCCCGACUGCUGAUCAGCCUGGGGGUGGAAAUCCUGGACACGUCCUCUCCAGACAUCACCAGCUCCACCGAAAUCCAGGUGGAGGGGGUGUCCAACAUCUCAGAGAAUGCCACAGGAAAAAUUGAGGAGUUUUUCUUGUUUGGGGCGUUCCUGGAGGCCACCAUGGUUGACAGGAAGAUCGGGGACAAGCCUAUUAACUUUGAGCUCACUAUAGGAAACUAUGGGAGUGAGGUUGACGGGGUGACCAAGCCCAAGUCAGGGAGGAAGAAGAAGGGUGCUGACGAUGAGGAAGAAUCGGAGCUCAUCCAUAACUCCAGUGAAGAAGAGGUUGAUGAGGAUGGAGACCUGGCCUCGGUGGCCACCACCCCACCCAUGAAACCUGUCAUCACUGACAGAAACUACUUCCACCUGCCCUACUUUGAGAGAAAGCCUUGUAUUUACAUCAAGAGCUGGUGGCAGGACCAGAGACGAAGGCUGUACAAUGCCAACAUUAUUGACAACAUUGCACACAAACUGGAAGAGGGUCUGAAUGACGUCCAGGAGAUCAUCAAGACAGAGAAGGCCUACCCUGAACGCAGACUGAGGGGAGUCUUGGAGGAACUUGGCAAUGGAUGCAGCCAAUUUGUUUCCCUGGCAAGCAAGGACCAGUCCCAAAAUGGGAAAACCAAGCUGGAUAGAGAGAGACUGAAGCUUUGCCUGACAGAACUGGAGAAUAUGGGACAGCAAGCUAAGACAAUCAGAUCUCAGGUGAAGAAAAACACUGUGAAAGAGAAGCUCAAGCUGGUCCAGAACUUUCUCCAGAAACUGAGGUUCCUCGCUGAUGAGCCUCAACACAGCGUUCCUGAUAUCUACAUCUGGAUGAUGAGCAACAACAAGCGUAUCGCUUACGCUCGCGUCCCCUCCAAAGACAUCCUCUACUCUCCGGUGGAUGAGGAGACUGGGAAGGAUUGUGGGAAAGUCAAAACCAUCUUCCUGAGGCUUCCUGGAAAGAAAGGCUUUGGGACUGCCGGUUGGACGGUGCAGGCCAAGAUAGAGAUCUACCUGUGGCUGGGCCUCAACAAGCAGAGGAAGGACUUCCUGUGUGGCCUACCCAACGGCUUUGAGGAGAACAAGUUGGCAAGAGGACCUGGCUUGCAGCCCUCACCUCCCAUCAGCCUCACCUACAUGAUGAAACAGAUCUUCCAGCUCAGAGUGCACAUGUACCAGGGCCGCAGCCUGUUUGCAGCUGACAGCACUGGCCUCUCUGACCCCUUCGCCCGGGUGUUCUUCUCCACACAGAGCCAGGUCACAGAGGUGUUGAGCGAGACUCUCUGCCCCACCUGGGACCAGCUGAUGGUCUUUGACAACGUGGAGCUGUUUGGAGAGGCUAGCGAGCUUAGGGACGACCCUCCCAUCAUCGUCAUAGAGAUCUAUGAUCAGGACACUGUGGGGAAAGCAGAGUUCAUGGGCAGGACCUUUGCGAAGCCCAUCACUAAGAUGGCAGAUGAGCACUAUGGCCCCCCGCGCUUCCCCCCCCAGCUGGAGUACUACCAGAUAUACAGGGGGAACUGCACAGCUGGAGAGAUGCUGGCUGCCUUUGAGCUGCUGCAGAUUGGCCCAAAUGGUAAAGCUGACCUUCCCCCUAUCGACGGCCCCACUGAUAUGGACCGAGGCCCCAUCCUGCCUGUCCCUCUGGGCAUCAGACCCGUACUCAGCAAGUACAGAAUCGAGGUGCUGUUCUGGGGCCUGAGGGACCUGAAGCGAGUCAAUUUGGCCCAGGUGGACCGGCCUCGCGUGGACAUUGAAUGUGCCGGUAAAGGGGUUCAGUCUUCCCUCAUCCAGAACUACCGGAAAAAUCCCAACUUUAGUACCCUGGUUAAGUGGUUUGAAGUGGACCUGCCUGAGAACGAGCUGCUGCAUCCUCCCCUCAACAUCCGCGUGGUCGACUGCAGGGCCUUCGGCCGCUACACCCUGGUGGGCUCCCACGCCGUCACCUCCCUGCGCAAGUUCAUCUACCGGGCUGCCGACAAACAGGCCAAUAACUGGAACACCACAGAAGAGAUAAUCGUUAACAUGGAGCCAGAGCCAACCGUGAAAAAGAUGGAAACUGUGGUCAAACUGGACUGUGGUUCUGAUGCUGUGGUGAAGGUUGACAUGAAGGAGGUGAAGGGGAAGAAGAAGAAGAGGAACAAGGGAGGAGAGGAUCCGGAGGAGGAGGAGCUUGACGAGAGCAUGCUGGACUGGUGGUCCAAAUACUUUGCCUCGAUUGAAACUCUGAUGGAAAUCCUAAAGGCCCAGGAGGCAGCCCAAGCAGAUGCAGAGGAGAAAGAAGACAUGGACAUCGCUGCAGAAGCUGCAGAGAUCAAAUCUGACGACUCUCCUGUGAAAGGCUCCAAGAAGGGCAGGGGGAAAUCCAAGGACAAGAAGAAGGCUCCGUCUGGCAUGACUCCAGAGAAGAAGAAGAAGAAACAUGAUGAGAUGAAGGUGUACCAUAAGGAACUGGAGAAUGAUUUUGACAACUUUGCUGACUGGCUCCACUCCUUCAACCUGUACAGAGGAAAGAGUGGGGAUGACGACGACCAGAACAUGGCAGACGAGGACAGGAUUAUCGGGAAGUUCAAAGGCUCCAUGUGCAUGUACAAAGUCCCAGUCUCAGAUGAGAUGUCCAGGGAGAUGGGCUUCGACUCCAACAUGGGCAUGUUCCAGAAUCUUCCUCACAACGACCCAAUAAACAUCCUCGUCCGUGUGUAUGUCGUCAGGGCCACUGACCUCCACCCAGCAGACAUCAACGGGAAGGCUGACCCCUACAUCGCCAUCAAACUGGGGAAGUCCGAGAUCAAAGACAAAGAGAACUACAUCUCCAAACAACUCAACCCCAUAUUUGGCAAAUCCUUUGACAUCGAAGCAACAUUUCCAAUGGAUUCCACGCUAACGGUGUCGAUCUACGACUGGGACCUGGUGGGGACUGACGACCUGAUAGGAGAAACCAGGGUGGAUCUGGAGAACCGCUACUACAGCAAGCACAGAGCCACCUGUGGAAUCGCUUCCAACUAUGCCAUCCAUGGCUACAAUGUCUGGCGGGACCCGAUGAAGCCCACCCAGAUCCUAGGCAAGCUCUGCAAGGAUGGCAAGCUCGAUGGGCCCCACUACGGCCCAGGAGGACGGGUGAAGGUGGGGAACCGUGUCUACAUGGGGGCAACGGAGGUCGAAGAUGAGAACGGCCUGAAGAAGCAGACGGAUGAGCACCUGGCCUUGACAGUGCUGAACCACUGGAAGGACAUGCCGAAGGUGGGCUGCAAGCUCAUCCCAGAGCACGUGGAGACCCGGCGGCUCCUCAACCCGGACAAGCCCGGCAUAGAGCAGGGAAGGAUUGAGAUGUGGGUGGACAUGUUUCCCAAGGACCUGCCUGCCCCCGGACCUGCCAUUGAUAUUUCACCAAGGAAACCAAAGAAAUUUGAACUGAGGGUGAUCGUUUGGAACACAGACGAGGUUGUUCUGGAAGACGAUGACAUCUUCACAGGCGAGAAGUCCAGUGACAUUUUUGUCCGAGGCUGGCUGAAGGGCCAGCAGGAGGACAAGCAGGACACGGACGUGCACUACCACUCCCUGACAGGAGAGGGCAACUUCAACUGGCGCUUCGUCUAUCCCUUCGACUACCUGAUUGCAGAGGAGAAGAUUGUCAUCUCCAAGAAGGAGUCCAUGUUUGCCUGGGAUGAGACCCAGUACAAGAUUCCGGCCCGUCUCAACCUUCAAGUGUGGGACGCUGACCACUUCUCCGCCGAUGACUUCCUGGGUGCGAUUGAGCUGGAUCUGAACCGCUUCCCGCGAGGAGCGAAGACGGCCAAGCAGUGCACCAUUGAAAUGGUGACCAACGAGCAGGCUAUGCCCAUGGUGUCCAUCUUCAAGCAGAAGAGGAUCAAGGGCUGGUGGCCGUUUUUGGCCAGAGAUGAAAACGAUGAGUUUGAACUGACGGGUAAAGUGGAAGCAGAGCUGCACCUGUUGACAUCUGAGGAAGCUGAGAAGAGUCCAGUGGGUGAAGGACGCAAUGAACCAGAACCUCUGGAGAAACCAAAUCGUCCAGACACCACCUUCCUGUGGUUCCUCAUGCCCCUGAAGGCCAUCCGCUACUUGGUCUGCAAACAGUACAAGUGGCUGAUCUGCAAGAUCCUGCUGGCCCUUCUAUUUGUUGUAUUGCUGGGCCUCUUCCUCUACAGCAUUCCUGGCUACCUGGUCAAGAAGCUGCUGGGGGCUUGAGGGACAGCUUCAGUUAGAUUGGGCUGUUUUCGAGUUGUAUGCUUCUCCCAUCUGGUCUUGGUGAAACCUUUUUUUCCUUGACUCUAAAACAUACACAUUGCAGCAGUUUACAUAGAAACCAAAGAAUAUUUUGAAUCUGUCAUACAAGGAACUGCAGGUGUUAUGAUGUUCUGUUAGGGUGUGACUGUUCACUGUCAUGAAGUAUCUGUACAGUAAGUUCAAUUAUCAUUCAUUGGAAAAACAGUCGAGAUUUACUUUCCUUGGACUUAAAAACACAGUUAUGACGUAAAUCAUCUGAAUUCUACGCAAUGCACUGUAUGUGGAUGUUGUGGUCUACAAAGUAAAAUAGUAUUUGUUGGCAUUUGGAUUUUAGAUGUUGUUUUUGCUUGAAAUCCGUUAUACUGUUUAGUGAUUGACUAGUUAGUAUUCUGUUAAAACUGCUAUCUUAUGGUUGUUUCCGUAAAUCUGUGUUUGUAGUUCAUUGUUCAACAGUGUGCAGUAGCGUUAUGCAAGCCCUGGUACUUGUGAAUAAACAAACAAGAACAAACUGGGUCCUGUUUUCUGUGUACAGAACAUCUCUGUCAUGACUGCUUUCUGCUUUGGUACCUAUUAAGUUGCCAUACACUAUGUGCACUGAUUUGUAAACCUUAAAUAAGGCAAUCAAUAAUAUGUGCUUUACAAGAUCAUGGUUGACAGCUUAGAUUCUGUGACAAGGAAAGUUUGGUUUGUGGUCAUUCGACCCGGCUGUAAAUCGAAUUCUACUGAUGUUGAUAACACUGACAUGUUGGACAACUGUCAACAAACCAACCUUACCAGUCGCAGAAGCAAUGCUGUAAACUACUGUCUUGUUACAUGCAAAACUAUUAAGCCUUGAGGCUUUCGAAAUGGUGCAGUGUAGCGUUGGAAACCCCUCUUCAUGGACACCAUCUAACCAACCGUGCUUAUCAC